AUGAUGAGUGACGAACAACAUCAAGGAGGAGAUGGACAAACAACCACAAACACAAAUACAGUAGCAUAUAGAGCUCAACCAGUAGUACCAAUGGAUAUUUUUACUUUUCAAAAUUUACGUAUGCAACCAGGUUAUGCACCAAACUCAACUAAACAAAUAAAUUUAUAUUAUUGGUGGGGAGACCAUGAAACAACCUGUCCAGAUUAUACACAAGUUACAACUGCAUGGGUAGUUGGAUGGGUAAAAUCAUCAAAAAUUAGAGCAAUGAAAAUGCCAGAAGGAAGUACAGAUGAACCAACAUAUAGUUUAGAUUUAGAUAUUAGAGAUGGUACUGGACAAUUAAAAAUUAUUCAAUUAAAGACAACUUUAGGAGCAAAUGGUAGACAAUCCAACUAUGAUGAAAAUGGUGGUGUUUUACAAAGAAAUUCACCAUUCAAAGAGAAUCAAUAUUAUUCCUUUGUUCUCAAACCAGCACUUCAAAGACAAGCACCACAACAACAAGAACAACUUACAACCAUUCAAGGUUAUUUAGUUUCAUAUCAUGAAAUCGUAAAUCAUAAUGAAAUUACAACCCAUCUUUCCGAUUUCGUUAAAGCCUACCAUCGUAUGCAAUCCAAUUUCAGAUAUUUCAUUCAUAAAGUCAUUCGUGCAUACAGUGUCAACGAUAUUGCUGUAUCUCUUGAUGUAAUUCAAUCUCAUCUUAAAGAUAUCAUGAGUGAAGAACAAAAUACCUCUCAACAAUUGGUUGAUUAUUUACAAUAUUUAGUUUCAGAAAAACAAAUUCUUACUCAAACUGAUAGUGGUUAUAUGUUUAUAAAAGAACAACAAUAA